AUGGCGAAACAUAAUCCCGAAUUAAAGAAUAUUCGUAAGGUUACUAUCAAACCGCAAAAAACCUUAUUUUGGAGAUAUCAAAGGGAGGAUGAUUCAUAUUUGGCCACUAUAGAAGCUUUAUACUAUUUUUUGAAAGAAUAUUGUGAAGUUUACGAAAUACCUAAGGAGGUUACUUCCAAAGAAGGAAUAUUGUCAAAUGGUUACGAUGGAAG